CAAUGUCAAUUUGCAAGUUCCAGGUUGAACUCGGAAAUUGAACGGCCCGUGCAGAUUCGAAACACUUCUGCCAUUCCAAACAAUCUUGUGUCUCACUCCAAACAAGGUCGCAGCACUUCCGCCAACGUUUGAGUCGUGGGUGCAAAGGACCUUGCAUUUGGCUUGCAGCAUUGUUCACGAUCCAGAAUGGUGGGCGAGUUCCUGAGGAGGAGGAAGCCAGAAGCGUCAGCAAACCACCCUGCUGAAGGUGCUGCUCUGCUUCCUGAUGGGGCGUCUUCCGCUGACGAUGAUUCCAAGAUGGUCCCUGUCUGGGCGGAGCCGCUCUUGUGUGGCAGCAAGGCGGCUCACCCGCAGCGGCCGUGCCUGGGCGGCGAGUGUGAGCUGCUGCACUUGCCGGCCAGCUGUGUGGCCCGCGCGUGCCGCGUGCCGCGCGGGGGCCGCGGCAUGGUGGUGGUGUGCGCAGGGCCGGAGCGCUCCGGCUCCACCUGGCUCUUCAAUGCAGUGCGCCUCAUCCUGCAGGCUACGGGCGAGCGCGUGCACAGUUACUGGAUCCAGCAUCUGACGCAGAGUGUGCUUGUGAAAAGGGGCCUGUGCAGGACGGGCCCCGACGCGGCACACGUGGUGGUCAAGACGCACCACUGGUCGUCCGAGUGGGACCCCGCCAGCGUGGACGUCAUCUUCCUGACGGAGCGCGACAUUGCGGGGGUCGUCCGCAGCUACCUGCGAGUUGGCUGGCUCAGCCCUGGCCUCGAUCACAUCGUGCCCGUGAUGGAGCAGUACGUGGCGGAGCAUGCCAAGUGGAAGGCCAUCUGCACGCAGGUCGUCCCCUUUGAGGCUAUCUCCAACCCCAGCGCAGCUGAGCGGGAGCAACUUGCGGCGCUGGGCCGCCGCAUCUUGCCAGAGGGCGCCGUAGUGGACUAUGACGCCAUCUCCGGGCAGGUCGCGGCGCUGCCCGUGCCCACGCACCACAUGGACGUCGUCUCGAAGCUGUGGCCCGCGCAUCUGAGCAGCCGAGGGCCGCUGACUCGGGAGCCCGUAGGCAAGCUGUCAGAAGCGGAAGCAGUGGAACUAAAGCAACGCCUAGCGCCACUGCUUGUUCAAAGCUAGGAAAAAAUGUCCACUUCGUAAGUGGCCACUCGGACUGGUAGGAACCUAGUUGCAUCCGUAAAGCUUGUAUGUGAACAGAUCAUGAAAGAGGGUAUGGAAGCUAUUGUGGAAACCGGAGUGGGCCUCUACAGGCAAGGCAGGUAAGUAUAUAGACGCAACUCGAAGGCUUACUUAGGUCGCUAUGUAAUCGAACACAAUCUAGGCUAGCAGUGGUAUAGUAGACGGUAAGCUUCUGAGUUGCGUGCAGAAGGUGAUGGCGCUUGUGCAGAUAGGUAAGUUGUGUAGGUAAACACAUUUGCAAGUUGUAGUAGCUCUGUAGUCCUUGUACCUUUCAACGGGUAGGCUGAUCUUGGAUGCGAUCAACAAACAAGGGAUCCAACGAAGAUUGUGGAAACGAUCGAAACUAAUCAGGAGUUAGGCCGGACCCCGAAGUUCGAACCGACCUGCGCGCCGGAAAGGGUACUAGAGCCUGGGAGAGUCCCAAAACUGCGGGAUUGGUUCCCUACUAGCUCCUUCCACGCAUUCUAGCAUUCUCAUUCCGGUUAUACUAGGG